AUGAAGGAGAUUUUGGUUUCGAGACAAGUUCACUCAUUUAUUUGCUGCGUUCGGGAGUUCCAAAGUUCGGAGUGGACAUUGGCACUGGGUAGCGGUGAGUUUCAGGGGUUGACAAAGGUUAAACGGUGCCCAGCUAGUCGUUUGCCAGGACCAUCUGUUCGACAUUGCAAGGAGAUGGCUAAUUGGUAA